GAGAUGCCAGUUAAACAAAUCAUACACGCAUCAGGCUUUAUUGAUAGCCAAAUUCACCAGCAUUAACAAGUUGUUAUAAAGAUAAGUUGGGUAAUGCAAUGAAGUGUCUCAAAUAAUAACAGCGCGCGGCAGCUUUAAGCCGCUUUGAGUCUCGCGCAGGUGGAUGGAAAUAGAAGACGAGAAAUCGUGUCAAGAACGACCAAAUAAUGGCAAAGAAGAAACGGGUUUUAUCGGUGUGUUUUAUCAAAUGAUUUCCAGAUGACAGGUUAUUAUAGAGGCAGACAUGCCAGCCAACUACACCACGAACUACAACUUCCCAGCGCUCAUAUUCGGGAUUUUAUUGAUCAUUUUCAUCAUAUGUGGGAAUGUUCUGGUGUGCAUGAGCGUUUACACUGAGAAAGCGCUGAAAACUACAACCAACUACUUCAUAGUCAGUUUGGCUGUUGCAGAUUUGCUCUUGGCUGUUCUGGUUUUGCCACUUUUUGUGUACACAGAGUUCCAGGAUGGGGUUUGGUCCCUGAAUAUGACCAUAUGCGAUGGACUGAUGACAAUGGAUGUGAUGCUAUGCACUGCCUCCAUAUUUAACCUCUGUGCUAUCAGCAUCGACAGGUUCAUCGCCGUGUCUAUCCCUCUUAAUUACAACCGCAAACACGUGGACCAGCGACAGAUUGUCCUGCUCUCUGCCACAUGGAUCCUGGCCUUAGCCGUGGCCUCCCCUGUGAUGUUCGGAAUCAACAACGUCCCCAACCGGGACCACAGUGAAUGCAAAUUGGAGGACAACAACUAUGUGAUCUACUCCUCCGUCUGUUCAUUUUUCAUGCCAUGCCCCAUCAUGCUGUUGCUGUACUUCGGAAUGUUCCGGGGGCUGAGGAACUGGGAGGAGGCGCGGAAGGCCAAGCUGAGGAGCAGCAUGCAGGCCUGCAAGAAGCUCCAGGAAGCCGCCGCGUCGCUGCAACCUCUUGCUGGCUUGCCGUCCCCCGUAAUUGAGAAAGACCUCACAGACAUUACCCUGGAAGAACUGGAUCGGGAUCAGUAUCAAGAUGAUGGCCCAUAUCAAGCGAACUGUAAGGAUGGAGGUGUGUCAAUGCUUGCAUAUCCUGGUGGAAGCUACAAUGAAGAUCAGAACCAGAACCGGCACAGGAAGGGCGCAAAGAUAAACGGGAGGGAGAGGAAAGCUAUGAGGGUACUUCCUGUUGUAGUAGGUGCCUUCCUGUUCUGUUGGACACCGUUCUUCGUAGUACACACGCUGAGGGCACUCUGCGAGGAGUGCGACAUCCCCAGCUACGUCACCAGCAUUGUGACCUGGCUGGGCUACGUCAACAGCGCCCUCAACCCUAUCAUCUACACCGUCUUCAACACAGAGUUCAGGAAGUUCUUUCGGAAAUUCCUGCCGACUCUGCCCAACUGCUGCUAGCCUGAACGCGCUCUCCUCUAACGGUUUACGAACAAAUGAACAAAACAUACCCAAAAGUGUAAAUAAACCAGACGAAGUAUAGCAUGUUAUAUGACUCAAACAUGAAUGUACGGUUCAAGAUGUUUCCUGCCAUAACGUUUUUAUUUUUAAUUUUGUAUGUUUACGUUUUGCAAGCUGACAUCAAAGGGCCUCAUUCAUGAAACACAAGCUUUUCUGUGUAAAUUGCUCAUAAGAUCGCUCUUAUAUAAAUUGCUGCUUUUAAAAGGAAUUUCUUUGUAAAUGGUUUUGUAAAUUGUU